GAACUUCCGCUGUGACUGUGGAAAUAGCAAGUUCAAAAAUCUGCAGUGCAAGUUAUUCCCAGAAAAAGGCAAGGUGAAUCCAGGAAAUAAGUAUAAUGACAAUUUCUACGGAUUAUACUGUACUUGUAAAAGACCUUAUCCAGAUCCUGAAGAUGAGAUUCCAGAUGAGAUGAUCCAGUGCAUCGUUUGUGAAGACUGGUUCCAUGGAAGGCAUCUUGGCGCAGUGCCUCCCGAUAGUGGAGACUUCCAUGAAAUGGUAUGCCAAGCCUGCAUGAAUCGCUGCCAUUUCCUGUGGGCCUACGUGUCACAGCUAGCAGUUCCUGCUCUGACCAAAGUGAACUCCCUUGAAGAUGAAGGGAUUGUCCUGAAGGCUGAGGAAAGUGAAGAGCAGAAAAAAGAAAUAAAAAAAGAAAGUGGAGCGGAACACCAAGAAGUGAAGGAGGAAAAGCAAGGGGAACCGUUCAGUGAACCAUCCACUAGCUCUGGGUCUGCCUGUCCUGAG